UUCAACUUAAUCACACGGCAAGACGUGGGGGAAAUGUUAAAAAAAUAUGUGGCCAGAUUGGAAGACCCAAAUCAUCCGUUGCUCGGACCCACGCUCUGGGGUCUUCAGAGCUGGGGCAUGUGGCAACCAAACAGUGGCCUGAAUCGUAUCAUUUACAAUUUGAUUCAUCUUGCCGCUAUACUAUUUGUAGUGAGUCAAUACGUCGAACUUUGGUUUAUCAGAGCAGACCUGGAAUUAGCCUUGAGGAAUCUCUCUGUCACAAUGCUCAGCUCGGUUUGCGUCGUGAAAGCAGGCACAUUUGUUGUUUGGCAGUCAUAUUGGCAAGAUAUUAUUCAGUUUGCGUCAACACUGGAAAAAAGCCAACUGGAGAAAAAAGACAAGACGACUUGCACAAUUAUUGAAGGUUAUAUGAAGUACUCCAGGAAAGUAACUUGUUUUUAUUGGGGUCUCGUGACAGCUACGGUGUUUACGGUGAUAUUGGCGCCUUUAGGAGUUUUUUUGUCAUCUUCGGAGCAACGCGAACUAAUGUUGAAUGGAACUAUUCCUUUCCCGGAAAUAAUGAGCUCUUGGGUACCUUUUGAUAAAACAAAGGGUUUUGGCUACUGGUUUCAGAUAGUGGAACAUUCUGUCAUUUGUUUCUACGGAGGUGGGAUCGUUGCGAAUUACGACGCCAACACGGUGGCUCUAAUGUCAUUUUUCUGUGGACAGCUUGAGAUUUUGGUAGCAAACAGUAAGAGAUUGUUCAGUGAAGAUGGUAAACUUGUCAGUUAUUCAGAAGCGAUGGAAAGAAUAAAACAAUGUCAUCAGCAUCAUCUAUCAUUGAUUAGGUACUCAAAAAUCUUAAACUCUCUGCUAUCGCCUGUGAUGUUUUUAUACGUCGUCAUUUGUUCACUAAUGAUUUGCGCCAGUGCGAUUCUGUUGACAAAAGAGGGGACGACAACUAUGCAGCGGAUUUGGGUAGCAGAAUACCUGGCAGCAGUCAUCGCGCAACUAUUUUUAUAUUGCUGGCAUAGCAACCAAGUGUAUUUUAUGAGCGAAAUCGUAGAUAGUGGCAUAUAUGAGAGCGAAUGGUGGCGAUGUGGGGUCCGCUUGCGUCGAUGCGUCGUGCUGCUGGGCGGCCAGCUGCGGAAGACCAUCAUAUUCCAAGCUGGUCCUUUCACAGAUCUCACUGUUGCUACUUUUCUUGCGAUUCUCAAAGGAUCAUACAGUUACUACACAUUGUUGAGCAACAAUGAAGGUUAGAUUUAUAAAGCACCGUAGAUGAACAAAGCAAAAUAGAA